CAAUCCUGACGCUAUGAAGCUUCUCAAGGACAUCCUGUAUGAGCUUCACAAAGGAGGAGAACAUCCUGGUGCAAAUUUGGAUGAAAUAAAGCACCUCAUUGAUCUUGUCCGUGAUUUUCUCCGGAACAAGAGGUACCUCAUUGUUAUUGAUGACAUAUGGGAAAAAGAACCAUGGGAUAAGGUAAUAGGGCUGGCUCUGAUGGAGAAUAAUAUGAGAAGUAGAAUAAUUACAACCACCCGCAUUAUUGGUGUUGCUGAGCAUGUCGGCGGUUGCUAUAGGCUCAAACCACUUUCUUAUGAGAGCUCUGAAAUAUUAUUCUAUGGAAGAAUAUUUGGAUCAAAAGAUAAAUGUCCUAGGCAAUUUUUUGAAGUAUCUAAAAGUAUUCUGAAGAAAUGUGGAGGUGUCCCAUUAGCUAUGGUCUACCAAGUACCAAGGAUGUUGGCCCUAUUCAGCUCCCCGCAGAGAUAGGGAAGCUGAGGUUUCUACAGACGCUGGAUUUAUCUAAAACUAGAGUAGAAGAACUGCCACCGAGUGUUAUUACAGGUCUAGGAUAAUUGAUGUGCCUAGGUUGUUAUGGAUGGGGCGGCACAA